UUAAGCCAUCCACAAGAAGAAUCUUUGGCAUUCAAGCAACCUUUGCUCCAAGCAAUUCUCCUAUUCCAUCCCAUUCCCUUCUCCCUUUUCUAUCACUAUGUGGGAUAUGAAGAGUUAAUGAAUGAACUAUAGAGAGCCCCAGCAAUUACUUCUAUCUUCUUCUCCUCGAGUCGACCUGCAUGAACUAAUUCGGCUGUCAGGAGGACUCUUUGGCAAUAUAAUGCCUGCAGGGACGGCGGUUACUCAUGCCGACCUUGAGCCCAGCCGGGGACAGACUGACCUGGGCAGCAAGACUGGCGCAGUUCUUGUUGUGUGGACCAUCUUGUGUGGUCUGUUUUCGUUUGUUCUGUGUCUCAUUGCUGAAGCCACUCAUUCUCAGGUGACAUGGGUGCCUGCAGGGAGCAGAACGGGCUCGCAGGAUGGUGAGAGCUAUGAGUGCGAAUACAGCGGGAGCGGGAAGACACCUCUGAUGUGCUCUGCGGGUGCAUUCCUAGUGCUGGCAACAGCGAUGGUGGUGGAGCACACGUACAUGCUCAUCGCCGUGAGCAAGCUGCCGCCUCCAGCAAUGGUGGCGUACUGGGAACCGGAGAUGGGGUCGGCUAGGAAACUCACGUGGCAGGCAGGCUUCUUCUUCAUCACCACUUGGGUCUGUUUUGCUGUCGCUGAAAUCUUACUGCUGAUCGGACUGAGUGUGGAAUCCGGGCACUUGAGGAAUUGGUCCAGGCCGAGGCCCAACUGCUUGGUCCUCCGAGAAGGCCUCUUUUGUGCCGCUGGAGUAUUUGCCUUGGCAACUGUGUUUAUGGCUGCUGGGUUAUACAUAACCACAUUGCGCAUGCAGAGACUGUUUCUGGAUCAGGCAGUCUUCCAGAGGGAAAUGCUCGAGACAUCUGUCCUCUAUGCAUCCCCUCCCCGAUCCCCGCCUCACCGGAUUGUUGCAGUUUCCAGGGAAGGCCCUGUGGGCCGAGAUGAGCAGAUCUCGGACCCACCCCCGGUGUCCUCUACAGUGAUUUUAAGCCAGAAGUUAUCCAAUAUAUUAGUGUAGAGGGAGGAAAGGAUUGCUUGAAAUGCAAGAAAAAUGGAAAAAGUGUAUAUGGGAAUUGAUCGGAUUGACUUGAACAUUUUGUAAAUACAAGUUUUUUUGGAUUGAAAAUAUUUUUUAAUUACUUCACUAAUCGAUCUGUGAAGAGACAUUCUGAUAUUACUUUUCUUUGGUGUAAAGGAGGCCCUGAGUGUAUGUAUAGGAUGCAUACUAAACUCUAAUGAUAGGAAUUAAACUCUCGACUGAGGCACGUUUCUCCUGCAACUAAUUAGUCGAAGAGAAAUGACAUUUUUGGCAUACUUAGCUGUAGAAAAAAUCGAACCGACGAAUCAAUUUAACAUCUUUUUGAAUCCUUCCCUUGUAUUUUCUGUUGUAGCUUCGUUUUUAUUUGUCGAGCUACUAUAUACAAGGCGGUGUAGCAUUCCUCCAUGAAUGUUACUAGCAUAACAUAUAAUUGAUGGUUGUUAUUGUCAAUCUCUCUUUAAUUGGAUGUUUAAUUUUUAUUAGCAUAUUGCUUUUUGUAGUAAUUUCAAUUGCACUAUUGAACUUUCAGGAGGAGGCCCUUCAAUUGGGAAGGUCAUUAAAGCUGCAACCAUGAUGCGUUUUAUGGAGUUUCUGCAAAAGGAAGAUUCCCCGGAUCUUCAGUUGAAGCUGCCACCAUGAUGCGUUUUAUGGAGUUUCUGCAAAAGGAAGACUCCCCUUCAAUUGAGAAGGUCAUUAAAGCUGCCGGCCACCAUGAUGCGUUUUACGGAGUUUCUGCAAAAGGAAGACUCCCCGGAUCUUCAGGUUGAAGCUGCGUGGGCUCUCACCUUCUUUAUAACUGAUACAUCAGAGAGUUCCAAGAACUCGUUCCCUCUCGAGGCAGUGAAUGCCUUUGUCAAGCUUCUAGAGUCACCUAAUGAUGACGUUCGAGAGCAAGUACCCACCAAAGUGAUGAUUUAGUUGCUUUCUCCAAGCCCUGGACUAAAGUCUGACCAUGAACUAUAGGCACUUUGGGCAUUGGGGAACAUUGCUUGGAAAUCACCUGCAGGUCGUGACCUCAUUUGAAGCCGUGGGGUUUUGUCUCAAAUUUUUUCCCAAUUGGAUGAAGAUUCAGAACUCUCAUUGAAAAGGACUGCCUUAUGGGCCCUUGCAAGCUUCUGUAGAAGCGAACCACCUCCUCGAUUUUAGCAGUGGAACGAUGAAGAAGUCCUGACGGAUGCCUGUUAGGUGUUAUACAAUAUUUUUGAUGGGUUCCCUGACAAGCUUGAAGUCAUUAUUGAUUCGGGUGUUUGUCAUCGACUUGUUGAGCUCUUGAGGUGGGUAUGAUGUUCUCUUUGCCUUCUUGGGUAUGCAAUCAUCCUUACAGUAAAUAUUUAUCCAUCUCUUAGGCAUUCAGCUCCUUCACUAACUGGUUUGGUGAUCAAAGUACUUACAGUAAUUGCGCCUAUGCAUGAUGGUCACAGUGAGCAGCUUCCUCCAGCGGAGCGUUUACUUAAAAAUGAUGGACUACAAUGCUUUCGGAGCUUGCUGACACAUGAUCUCAAAACAAGCAUCCAGAAAGAACAAUGUCUGGAUGUCUUAUAUGUAAUGAAUACUACGAAAACAUUCAGGGAGUCAUAGAACCUGAUCUAACGAAGCCCCUGAUCAAUCUGCUUCAACAAGCCUAUCAUCGUAUAAAGAAUGAGGCGGCAUUAGUAAUAUCUAAUGCUACUUGCAUUGCUGAUGAUGACCAACUUAGGCAGGUACUUUGGAGAUCAGGGGUGUGUCAGGGCAUUCAGCGAUCUCCUUUGCUUCCGAUGAUCAGCAUCUAUUGGAUUAUUCUUUGCAAGUACUCGAAAGAAUUCUAAAGGUUGGGCCUAACGACAAGAAAUCGGGAUGGACUGGGGACGACAAUGUCUUCUUGGAAAUUCUACUAAUGCUUUGGAUAAGUAAGCUCAUGCACCUUACGAGUCAUGCUCGGGAUGAAGAGAAUAAGGAGAGAGCAGAGAAGUUUAUCCAUACUAUUGGUGAGAUCAGGAGAUUGAGGUUUGGCAAGGAUAAGGAGUAUGGGACGGCCAUGUCUUAUGAAUCUAACUCUAGCUGGAGGUCCUGAACUACUCAAUCCCAGGACAAGUUCCGUCAUACAGGGCAGCCUCAUAGCAGUUUUUUUUUUUUUUUAAUCUACUUGAGUCAGGUCUGCUAUCGAGUUUUGCUCUAUUUUGUAAGCUUUGACUGUAGAUAUCAGUGUUUAUCAUUAUGUCUUCAGUCCCCCCCGGAGAGAGCUAGAAGUUGUGUCGUAAUUUAUGGUAGACUUUUUCAUGAUUGUCAUGUUUUCCUCAAACAUUGCUGUGUUGUAGGAUCUAAGUAGGUUCAGAUUGAUUAAGCUGGUGGUCUAUUCUGGUG